UUCACCUUUAACUUGUUUCUGCGAUACAGUUUUACAAGUAUACGUUACUUUUCUAAUAUAAUACCUUCGAGUAAUCAAUGGGAAGUAUAAUGUUUACACUUGAAGAUAACACUGAUUUGUCUUCAGUUGUCGAGUUCGAAGAGGAAUACCACAAUACACAAAGAAAACAUACUCACUGGAUUGAAUUCUUACCAGGCACACGUUGCAGGGGUGUUGCAUCAUAUGUGGAAAAGCAUAUUUUCAAAAUUAUGUGCGCUUUAACAAUUUUAUCUUUAACCUUGUCUAUUAUAGCAAUUACGAAAAAUAGUAAAAACGUACAUGUAUUAGAAGAUAAACUGAAUCAACAAAGCGUUGACCCUGAACAAAUAAGUGUCAAACCGCAAAAAAUAAUUGUUAAACCGGAACAAAUAAGUGUUAAACCGGAUCAACACAUUGGUAAAGUGACAGAAGUCAGCGUUAAAGAAGUCAGUAUUUAUAAAUGCAAUGCUGGUUGGUUUCAAAGUAGCAGUGCCUGCUAUUUUGUAAGCAGAUCAAAAUUAGAUUGGUUUGGAUCAGCGGUUUCCUGUAGAGAACACGAUGCUCGUCUCCUAGAAAUAAAAUCGUCUUUGGUAGAAAAAGACUUAGAAAAUUCAUCAUUAAAUCCCAAUAAAGCAUAUUGGCUUGGAGCAAGAGAUGAUGUUAUUGAAGGUAUUUGGAUAUGGUCAUCCGGAGCAAACAUGAACUUCACUAAAUGGAACCCAGGAGAACCAAAUGGAGGGGACAAAGAAAACUGUUUAAUACUAGAAAAUAAUGGUUGGAACGAUCAUAAAUGCAACGAAGAACGCUAUUUCAUAUGUCAGCAAGAUAUGCAUCGUAUACAGUUGCAAUAAGACACUAGGAUUUGGCUUAACGAAUAGUCUAGUAACAGGUUAUGUUAUACAAAUAAAAGGGUUAUGAUUUAUACACAUAUUGUUUUAAAAUAUGCAUUUGUACAACUUAUCCCAUCGCUAUGUUUACAAGAGAACCUGUGAGUGAAAAAGAAGAAAGUAUGGCAAUGAACAUUGUUUUUUUUUGUCUUUCGGAAAUUUUGUUUCUCUGUUUAAUAUAAUUUUAAGAUCAAUAAUGCAUUACGGGACGUAUUAUGGUAUACUAAUGUUCUGCGUCUGUCUGUCCGUCUGUCCGUCUGUCUGAGAACGACUUAUCCAAAUGUCAUGAAACUUUUAAAUGGUUGUUUCUUAUGAUGGUCAAACAAUAUGUAUACUUUUUGAUGAAAAUAAGAUUUAAACAUUUUGAGUUACGUGACU